AUGCCAGAAGCUGGCGAAAGAAGUGAAUUUGAGCCGGAAUGGGCUGAUGAGGAGGAAGAACGUUCCGAUCGAAAGUCGACUGCUAGUACUUUCGGUGCCAGAAAAGAUCCACAUUGGUGGGAUAUUUCUACAUUCAGUAAGGAAGACAAUCCAACCGGAUUAGUUGCCGAAUCGUCGUUCUCUUGCUUGUUUCCCAAAUACCGGGAGAAGUAUAUUCGAGAAAGUUGGCCAUUAGUGGAGAAGACCAUGGGCGAGCACUUUUUGAAGGCUGAUUUAGAUUUGUUGGAAGGUUUGUGA